AUGAGCCAAAAUUCGCAACCAAAAAAAAUAAUGAUCCAAAAAAAUAGAAAAAAUAAAAAUACUGAAAAAGGUUUGGCUAGUGAUAAUCAAAAUAAAACGAUUACUAACAUCAAUAAAAGUUCGUCCAAUAUCCAACAAGCUGUUAAAGGGACUGCCACGCCAAUUCAUGAGCGAGCUCAAACUACUAACAUCAAUAAAAUCCAAGGUGUAAAAGAGAGAUAUAAAAAUCUUUGGCUUCCGGUCAGAUAUCAAACUAAUGAACCUACCCGCGAUGAUGAUAAUGCAUCAACAGCUGUCGUUGCCACUGAAAUAGCUCGCUUACGAGAAGAUAACGAAUUUCUUGCUGGUGUUAACGCAAAAUUCGGUUCUGAAAAUGACAACUUGAAAGAAGAAGUUAACGAAUUAAAAACGAAACUCGAACAAUACCAGAUACAAUCAUCAUCUGAAAGCCUUGAUGUUAUUGAUGUUCCAGAAGAACGGUUAGCAAAACGGUUCAAAUCAGAUGGGUCAAAAAAAGUAAAGAAGACGGUACACUACACCGAAAAUCAACCAAAAGAAGAACAAGAAGAACAACGUGAAAAGGAGGCGAGGGUUUAUAAUUUUGUAAUUUUAGGCAGAAUUGUACAGUCUUUAUACUUUUAUACUAAUUGUUCUGAUUUAAAGAUUGAAAUGAAAAUGAUCCUCAAAACUAUUAAACCUAAUGACAAUUUGGAUGAUAACAAAACGUUUAAUAGUCCAAAAAAUGUUGAAAUUCGCAGUAGAUUAAUUCCUGAACUUCGAAGGGUGAUGUUUCUAAAUUAUAAACCUUCAGUAGCACAAUUGACAAACUGGUUGAGCUAA